AUGAUGUCCUCGAUGAAUAACGCUCAACACCACUCGGCCAAUUUCUAUGAGCACACUUUUCUGGGUGAGUACACAUUAUUUUCUGAUUUGCGUCUCGUGUUUUUUCGAGUACAAAAUGGAUUUCUUUCGCGUAUAAAAUAGUCAGAAGUCUUAUUUUUCUUCGCAGAAUCCUCGUCGCACACGAUGAACGAGAGGAACGGAAACGAGAGCAUGUUCUAUCGAUCGAGACCGCAAACUUCGGGAUCCGUCAAGAAAGACACGUUAUCCGUGAGUUUUUAGACAAUUUUUGAUUGUUACAUUGAUCUUAAAGAGCAAAGGCUAGGCUUUUUGAGCUCUGGACUUUAGACCCCUUAGCAUCUGUUCAAUCGAUAGGGCUCGGCACUUUUCAAACACUUGCAAUGAUCCAAUCGGAUCCGAACUUGGCAGGAUUCUUGGACUUGGAUUGAAGUAUGUUAGGAUCAAAUUUCAAAUCAAUUCGAUUAUUUAGUCAGGAGAUAUACUGGCUUGAAUCCUAUGAGCGGUUCUUCCGCAAAAACACCAUCAGUUUCAAACCGAUGUAUCUCAGGAUCAAAUAAUCGGAUCGGUCUGAAACUUGAGCCCAAAAAAUUUCAAUCCAAGUCCAAAAAGUCUGUAAAGUUUGGGUCCGAUCGGAAUAUUUGAAUUUGUGCCAACAGUCGAGUUUGCCUCGCGCCCUACCCUUUAAAUUAUUCGGCCAAUCUCACUAGAGAGCAUUUCCAUUUACCGUAAGCACUGUUAAUUAAAACCGAUAUAUCUCAGCUGCCGGUUGAGAUAACAAAAUGUUGUCAACUGAUAAAUUGUUCUUGGAAAUCUUGUGCACAUUUUAUCAGUUGACAACUUUUGUCGCUCUUUUACACUGCUUACGUUAGGCAGGUAAAACCCUGAUUCAGACAAAUUCGUGGCCGCCGUCCGAAAUGCCGAAGCCGCCGGAACCGCCGACGGAGCUCAGUUUGCCCAACUACGUCGGCACGCCAAACGACGGAAAAGAAGUAUGGGGACCGAAAGGGUAGGUGUUAAAAAACUCGGCCACGCGAAUUGCGAUCCUAGUACAAUUUCUAAAAAAAACAAGUAUGCUUGCAGAAUGCCCAAAAAAGCGGCGGGCGAUGUGUCGUUGAGCGGGAAACAAUUGGUGCCGUUUCUGAUAAAAGCCACGUCGUUUUUACCUUCCGUUAGUUUUUUAAAGCACUUUUUGAUUAAAACAAAAUGUUAAUUGAGGUGAAAGCGGAAGGCGUUCAGUUGCGAAUCCGACAAUUGGAGCAACAAAUCGAGGAGCAGAGCAUUUCGGAAAUGUGCAUCAAGAAGUUGAAUUUCGUUGUGGAUGGUAACAAAUUUUAAGUCAAUUAUUUAUAUUUUUCAUAAACAUAUUUCAGCAAUCGAUCGUGGCGACUACCGAGAAGCGUGGGAUUACUACGAGGCUUUGCAAGAAACGUAUAAAGAAGAGGUUGGUAUGCAGACGCGCUCUAUCGCUCUACGCCCGGCCUGCCGGGCUCAGUCACCUCAUUUCACCUGAUUUUUAGACCCUAUAUUGUUUUUUACAGAUCUCCUGUCAAAACUGGCUCAACGGACUGCGAUUACUGAUUCUCGAGCUGAUUCCACGUCAGAGACCGCCGAGAAUCGCGUCGGCCGGUCAAAUUCGUAGCUGA